AUGGCGAUCACACUGCAGACCGUUCUACCGCAGAAGGUGCUGCCCCGAGCACCGAGUCCGAAUUCGAACUCACCCAACCCCGGCGUCCGCUCGACCAUCACACAGUUCAUUCCGGCUUCUCCAGACGUCAGCCUUGAUCGAGAUCCGGCAAGCUUCAACGCUGCGUCGGCUUCGACAGACUCAGCCUUCGCCAGGGGAAACGAGGCAAGUCACAUGCUGGCUUCAAGUAGCAGCACACAGGGUCGCGUCGAUGCUGGUGAAGCCUUGGCGCCACUAAGAAGUCCAGGGCUCGGUCCGUCUGCACCUAGAAAGUCGAUGUCGGCCGGCGCAGGAUCAAGACGUGGUAUUGCUCACAGUAGCCGUAUUCUUGGUGUGGACAAGAAGACGCAGGAAACGUUUGCGCUUUCGCAGCUCACCAACGGCAAGAUCGAUGUUUCGUUCGAGGGCACAUUGGCCGGGCGUCAACCGCCAUCACCCUCCGGAAGCAAUCACAAGGGCAAGGGCAAGGCACGAGACGAUGGCGACGACGGUAUUUUCGGUCAGAAUGGACACGCAGCGAUGUUCGAUGUCGAUCUCGAGACUGGUCAGUCCACCGUGCCGAGCUCGUCGACCGCAUCGCGAGCAGGCCGCUUGUUGCAGCUCGGCUCCAACUCGAUGCCUUGGAAGAAGUCAAAAUCAAAUGUCGUUCCCGCGUAUCAGGAAGAAGAGCCUGGACCCACCGGUGCAGGUCACAGAGGCUUACGAAAUGACUCGCUCGACUUCGACCGUCCACUCGAGCUGCAAUCCGACAACAAAGCAGAUCACGGCACUGACCUAGAUGGCGACGAGGAUGACGACCGCACGGGCUUUGGUGCCUUCGACGACGACCGCGAGCAACUACUCUACGCUGAAGCCGACGACGAUGCAAGUCGACCAGGCUACUUCGCGCCCGGAGACCGGGGCUACGGCUAUAACUCUCUGCAAGACGACGCCGGACAAGGUGGCUACAGUAGCGCGGUCGGUUUCGAGGCUGUGACGUGGAGCGAAGGUAGUUGGAUGGUGGUGAGCAGCGUUUUUGUGGCAAUUCUGAUGAUCGUCGCCAUCUUGAUCAGCAUCGAUGUGAUCGAUUGGCCUGGUGAUGGCAUCGGCAAGAACUGA